AUGGAAGUAGACGAGCCCACGGUUCGUCCACCAUCUGAAGCGCAACCGGACGCGGUGAAUGCAGGUCCGGAGACCGCCAUACAGAGGGAAGACCACGCACGUGGAGACUCUGUGGAUGCGGACAAGAACGAGGACGACGCUCACCGAACGAACGAGACGAGUGUGGCUGAGAUGACGAGCGCAAAGCCUAAAGAUUCGAUGCAGAACUUGGACGCGAACGGCGAGAACGAGCGUUCAGAAGGUGCGGAAGCCACGCAAAAUACAGACAGUGCCCCAGGAGUUGCCGAGUCGACGCACCAUGACCAUGUGCCAGGUGGUGGCGACGAUCAGGAGACCGGCUCUGUGAUUGAUAAGCUACAUGAUCAGCAUGAUGGCCAGCGGUCUGCACGGGAGAUGGACGAGACCGAGUUAGUGAAGCCAGAGGCUGACAGUGGGAUCGUGAAUUCUGAGGAUGCGGGAGUUUCGCCGAUCACAGUGGCACAGCAAGAGAAGGAGGAGGCAAAGGCUCCAACACCAUUACCAAAGUCGCCAUCUCCAUCGCCAUCGCCGGCGCCAGUACCCGUAGUAGCAAUCUCAGCUGCUACAGCUGCGGCAUCGUCGUCGUCGCCGUCGCCGUCGCCGUCAACGAUAGGAACGGAGCGUACAAUGCACCACUCGGUGUCAUCGGCCAAAAGCCUCACACGUGGCGGUGCAGUGUUUGUCGUAUCGGCACUCGAGACCAUUUCGUCCUCGAAGGAGGCUCGGCGCAACAAGGCACUCAAAGAGAGCGCGACUACGGCAUUGGAUAUGGUGCGAAGAGCCACGUCGGGCCCUGAUACCCAGGAAACACCAGUUGUUCUAGACCCACGCGUUGUCUUUGAGCCAUUGCGGCAGGCAUGUGCAUCCAAGAGUGUGGGGCUGCAAACGACGUCGCUGGACUGCAUAGCGAAGCUCGUGAGUUAUGCGUUCUUUGCCGAAGACGACGCCGGUACAUAUGCGCAGACGGCAGAGUCACCACUGGCGGAUCUGGUGGUCGAAACGGUGUGUGAUUGCUUCGACGACCAGCUCGACGAGCGUGUGUCGGUGCAGAUCGUCAAGGCGCUGCUCGCGUGUGUGCUGUCGGUGAGUAUCCGGGUGCAUCAGUCGAGUUUGCUGCGAUCGGUGCGAACCGUGUACAAUGUGUUUCUGAUGAGCCGGACGCCGGUGAACCAAGGGAUUGCCCAGGGAGCACUGAAUCAAAUGGUCGGUGCGGUGUUCAGCCGCAUGCCGCUGGAAGAGGCGCAUGGCGAGCCGACGGACACCAGCACGAGUGCAGAGCCUGUGACGCUGCAGAUGCUAGAGAGCCGGCACUCGCUGGAUGCAGGUGAGAAGGACGAGGCGUCGUUGCCGAUGGAUGCACCGGACCUGCUUGUGAAAGAUGCGUUUCUGGUGCUGCGUGCGCUUUGCAAGUUGACGAUGAAGCCGCUAAGCUCAGAGAGCGAGCGGGACAUGAAGUCGUACUCGAUGCGCUCGAAGCUGCUCGCUCUUCGCACGGUGAAGGGCGUGCUGCAGCAGCACAUGCACGUGUUUACGACUGGGACGGUGCGCUUCCACAGCACGACGAGCGGUGGCGAGUCGACGUUCGUGCAGGCCGUGAAGCAGUACUUGUGCCUGUGCAUCAGCCGGAAUGCCGUGAGCAGUGUGCUGCCGGUGUUUGAAGAGAGCUGUGAGAUUUUCUGGCUCGUACUCUCGGGCAUGCGGAACAAGAUGAAGAAGGAAAUUGAGGUGCUGAUGAACGAGAUCUACUUGCCGAUCCUGGAGAUGCGCUCGAGUCCCAUGGCACAGAAACUGGUGUUGCUCCAUACGCUGCUGCGUCUGUGCAAGGACCCGCAGGCGCUCGUGGAAGUGUAUUUGAACUACGACUGCGACCGCACGGCCCUGGAGAAUCUGUAUGAGCGCCUCAUGAAUGUGAUAUCGCGACUGACGCAGAUGCCAGGAUCAGAGGGCGCGCAGGUACCGGAUGAGCGCAAAGAGGCCGAGUCGGUGGAUGUGCGCCUAAAGCGCCACAGCCUUGAAUGCCUCUGCAGCGUGCUGCGUUCGCUUGUCGAGUGGAUGGGCCGCCUGAUCGAGGAGCCCGUCGGAUCGACGGACGAGGGCGCUGCACAUGCAGACGACGCGGCGACGGGCUCGAGCACGGCGGCGUCAGCAGCACCGGCGUCAGCAGCGUCAGCGUCAGCGUCGACAUCGACAUCGACAUCGGCAUCGACAUCGGCAUCGGCAUCGGCAUCGGCGUCGGCGUCGACGGCAGCCGCGCCACCAGGCAUGGAUGACGACCCGGGCCGUUUCGAGAACGCAAAGCAGCGCAAGACGGUGCUGCUCGAGGCCAUUCGCACGUUCAACUUCAAGCCGAAGCGGGGUAUUGCGCAGCUCAUUGAGCACGGGUUCAUCAGGGGCGGUGAGCCAGAGGCGAUUGCGCGCUUCCUGUUUUAUGCGGACGGGCUAAGCAAGCGGUCCAUCGGCGAGUACCUGGGAGAGGGCGAUGCACACAACAUCGCGACGAUGCAUGCGUUUGUGGAUCUGAUGCAGUUCGAUCACAUGCCGCUGACGACGGCGCUGCGCCGCUUCCUGCAGGCAUUCCGCCUGCCGGGCGAGGCCCAGAAGAUCGAUCGCUUCAUGCUCAAAUUUGCCGAGCGGUACACGGAUGGGAACCAGACGGCGUUUGCGAACGCCGACACAGCAUACAAGCUAGCCUACUCGGUCAUCAUGCUCAACACAGAUGCGCACAACCCGCAGGUCAAGCACCGCAUGACACUGCAGGACUUUCUCAAGAACAACGCAGGCCUCGAUGACGACCGCGAUCUGCCGGAGGAGUACCUGACAGCCAUCUACGACGAGAUUCAGAAGAACGAGAUCAAGCUCUAUGGCGAAGAGGCACCGACCGUCCCGACAUCGGGCGGGCUCGCCGGCGUGAUCGCAACAGUCGGCCGUGAUCUGCAGCACGAGGCGUACGUGCUGCAGACGCAGGGCAUGGCGAACCGCACCGAGGUGCUCUUCCGCACCAUGCUGCAUGCGCAGCAGCAGGCCGGUGUGCAGCGAGCGCUGGCGGAGCGGUACUUUAGUGCGUCGCACAUGGAGCACGUGAAGCCAAUGUUCGAGGUCGCGUGGAUGUCGUUCCUCGCCGGCAUAUCUGCGCCACUGCAGAACUCGAACGACGCCGACACGAUCCGCAUGGCGCUCGAUGGAUUCAAGGACGCCAUCAAGAUCGUGUGCUUCUUUGGCCUCGAGCUCGAGCGCAAUGCGUUCAUCACGACACUGGCCAAGUUCACGUUCCUCAACAACUUUGGCGAGAUGAAGAGCAAGAACGUCGCGACGAUCGAGGCUCUGCUAGACAUUGCACACACAGAAGGCAACUUCCUGCAGGGCAGCUGGCGCGAGGUGCUAACGUGUGUGAGCCAGCUGGAGCGAUUCCAGCUGAUCAGUGGUGGCGUCGACGAGCGCACGCUGCCGGACCUGGGGCGGCGGCCCGUCGUGGUGCCGUCGCCGGGGUCGUCUGGCGCGACGCCGGCAUCGACGAUGCAGGCGUCGGGCGUAGCGGCCACCACCAUAGCGACAUCGUCGACGUCAUCGACAUCGCGGGGCACCUCGCACAUGCCGCAUGAGGAUGAGAUCCAGGCCGGCGCCUCCAGUGAGAUCACCGUCACAGCCGACCGGGUGUUUUCCGCCACGCCCCAGCUGUCCGGCGAGGCAAUUGUGGACUUUGUGCAGUCGCUGUGCGACGUGUCGUGGGAGGAGAUCCAGAGCUCCGGCUUGUCGGACAAAUCCGCGGCUGUUCUCGCUGCAAAAGGUCGUUCGAAAUCUCCUACUACAACAUGGGGCGCAUCCGCAUGGAGUGGUCGCGUCUGUGGGCAAUCCUUGGGCGAGCACUUCUACCAUGUGUGCUGCCAUCCGAACCCGGCCGUGAGUGCAUUUGGCCUCGACUCGCUCCGGCAGCUCGCGAGCAAGUUUUUCGAGAAGGAAGAGCUCCUCCACUUCACGUUCCAGAAGGACUUCUUGAAGCCGUUCGAGUACACAAUGCGUCGCAACGCCGACACGGGCGCCAAGGAAAUGGUGCUGCAGUGCCUCGACCAGAUGGUGCAGACGCGCGCCGAGCGCAUCCGGUCCGGAUGGACGACGAUCCUCAGUGUGUUUGGCGUCGCGGCGAGUGCGACCGAGCGCAUCGCCCUCUUUGCGUUUGAACUCGUGCGCCGUGUGCAGCAGCAGCACAUGCAUGCGAUUCUGGUGAAUGGCAGCUUCGCCGACCUGUGUGUGUGUCUGGCGCAGUUCGGCAAGGUGACGAACCAGCGCGUGAGUCUGCCAGCGACGGAGCUGCUCAAGUCGAUCGUGCCGGCGUCAAUGCAGGCUGCCCACGCGGCGGACACGCCGGCCAAGUCGCUGUGGCUGCCGAUGCUGUUCUCGCUCUACGACAUCCUGAUGACCGGCGACGACCUGGAAGUGCGCCGCGUCGCGCUCGAUGCCCUGUUCUCGAUCCUGGUGGAGCAGGGCGGCACGUUCUCCAUGACGUUCUGGGACCAGGUCUGCAACGAUGUGCUGUUCCCGAUCUUCAACGUGCUGCGGAACCGCUCGGACGUCACGCGCUUCUCGACACAGGAAGACAUGAGCGUGUGGCUCUCGACAACGAUGAUUCAGGCGCUCCGGCAGCUCGUCGCACUCUGGACGCACUUCUUCCACACGCUCAAGCCACGGCUCCCAGGCCUGCUGGAACUGUUAUGCGCGUGCAUAUGCCAGGAAAACGACACACUUGCGCGUAUCGGCACAUCCUGCCUGCAGGAACUCAUCAUCCACAACAUGGCGCAGAUGGACGACACUUGCUGGCAGCAGGUGGUCGAUGCGUUCCUCCGUCUGUUCCGUGCCACCACCGCGUCGCAGGUGUUUGACCCCGCACUCUCGUCGCCAGAUGACCCCCUGCCGGCCCACGAGCGCCGGCACGCCUUUAAGCAGAUCAUCGUCAAGUGCGUGCUGCAGCUCCUUUUGAUCGAGACGUCCAACGAGCUCCUGCAGAACACCGAGGUGUACGAGGCAGUGCCAGUGCCGCAGCUCCUCCGCCUCACAGCCGCCCUGGAAGACAGCUACCGCUUCUCCCGCCGCUUCAAUGCCGACCGCACUCUGCGCACGUCGCUCUGGAAGGUCGGCUUCAUGAAGCAGCUGCCGAAUCUGCUCAAGCAGGAAAGCACGUCCGCGUCCACGCUUGUGUAUGUGUACCUUCGCAUGCACAAUGACCACCGCGCCGGCUUCGCUGCUCAUCGUGCGGAGGUCAGCGAACGCUUCCUCCCACUCGCCGAGGAAAUCAUCAGCGUGUUCUUGCCGCUCGACAACGAGACUCAGGCACGCAACAUCUCGGCCUGGACGCCCGUCGUUGCUCAGGUGCUCCUGGGCCUCGCGUCCAUGUAUGAGAUGGACCCACAUGCCCACAAAGCUGCGACUCCCACAUUCUACCUGCUGGUGAUCGAACUACUGGACAAAAUCUCGCUUGCCCCAGCUCUCACGGGCCCGUUGCGGCGGUACUUGGCGGCCGUCGGUGCCGCACAUGGCCUUAUUGACAAAGACGCCGCAGUGGCUCGUGCACGUGCUAGAGACGAGGCCCGCGCUGAAAUGCUGCAAGCCGCGCCUUUGGGCCACACGCAAGUCGCUGCCGAUCAGUCACAGGCGGAUCUUCGGCACAUGGCCCUCUCCAAUCCGUCCGUCGAUGCAUUUGCAUCCCCUACAACAUCUACAUCGUAA